AUGAAGGUUGACGUGGAUCUCGCUUCUUUCGUGCUGACCGUCGUUGCUGCUGCAGCUCUAGUCAUGAUCGGUAAGAAGUACCUACAUGAUCGCAAAACGUGCGACUGCGGCGACGGCGAGUGCUGUAAAUCGGUCCGCCCCUCUGAGCGACGCUACCAAUUGCCUCAUGCGCAUGUGGAGCACUGGGAUAUUCACCAGAGUGAGUGCGAUCCUGGUUGGUCUGAGAUAACGUCAGAAGGGAUUACUGGCGUCCAGGAUAAUAAGAAACGCACGAGCUUUGGGACUCUCAUUUUGCUACGCCACGGUCAAAGCGUUUGGAACCGCAAGCCCGAUAACCCAAAGGAGCUGUGGCGCUAUGCGGGAUCCAUCGAUAUUCCCUUGAGCGAGGUCGGCAUGCAGGAGGCUUUUGAGGCAGGAAAAAGACUGGAGAAUGUACCCAUCGAUAUUGUUUUCUGCUCGCAAAUGGACCGUGCACGCACGACGAUGUCACUGGCUCUAAGUGUACAUUCAAGUAGAAAGACUCCCGUAGUAGAGCAUCGUUCGCCACUGGAAAAACCAUCUUUUGAAGGGGUCAAUGAUAAGAGUCCAUAUGACUUUAUUAUUCCGGUAUAUGUGACACCGACGCUGAAUGAGCGCAAUUUUGGCGACUUGCAGGGUGUACCAAGUACCAAACACACCGUUAUGUUUGACAAAGAGCAUGUCAAGAAGAUCCGAAAUGACUUUUAUACGCGAUUUCCAGGUAAAAAUGGUGAAAGCUGCGAAGACAUUUACAAUCGGACCAUUCCGUUUUUCAAUUCUUUUAUUCGACCACAUCUUGCUGCGGGACGUAACGUAUUAGUAUCCUCACAUGGUUUUGUCAUUCGAACGCUCAUUAAGUACCUGGAUGGCAUGAAUGCGAAUGAGUUCGAGGAGCAGAUGAAGCUGGAAAAGACAGCUCCCGAUAAAUGCUUGCUAUUAGCUCCAACGGGCGUUCCGCUAAUGUAUAGAUACGAUAAGGGAAACUUUGCAAAGCUCCCACAAACGCACCGUGACCGUGCGGACAGUUUAAUCCGUAGCAUUGCACCGUAUUAA